CCAUCUUGGCGGGGCCUGUUUCUCUUGCAUCAGGCCGCCAAGCGUCCUCCGUGUGCGCUGCUCCUUCGCCAUUGCCCCGGGAGGUCGGGGUGGCUCUGCUGCAGCCUCUCCUCCGGGGGUUCCUGGAAGGUCUCCGUGGAGGAUGGCGGGACACCCCAGAACCCAGGAACUGGGACUGUUGACAUUCAGGGAUGUGACCAUAGAAUUUUCUCCAGAAGAGUGGGCAUGCCUGGGCACUGUUCAGCGGAAUUUGUAUAGAGAUGUGAUGUUGGAGAACUACAAAAACCUGGUCUCCCUCGGUCUUGUUGUCUUUAAGCCAGACCUGAUCACCUGUCUGGAGCAAAGGAAAGGUCUCUGGAAUGUGAAGAGACGUGGAACUGUAGCAGAACACCCAGGUAGGUGGGAGUGA